AUGGGCUGCCGGCCCAAGCAAGAGCCGAAGCCAGGAACAGAUGCAUCGGUCCGAUCUCGGCAAAGUCGAGCGCUCCGGCGUCGAGGCGACUCCGCUACAAAUCCAGCUGGGCCGACUGUCCUGCCAGGCUUGGAUCACAGCCAGGUAGCUGCAGCAACGUCUCCUUCUUCGGGACCGAAUUUGGAGAACAGCAGGGGCCUGCUGAAUUUUGCCCAACGGACAGCCCUCAUAAAGAGGAACAACCAGGCCAUCAUCGACAACAGGCGUCAGAACGCCAAGGCCUUCCCCCAAGCGCAACUGCGGAAAGCAAUUGUUAUUUCGCGGCGUGGUGAUGACGCCAACUUCAACUCGAACAUGGCCCGAUACCUCGCUGGAAUAAGACGCUGGAAGGUGGUUGAUGCCUGCCAGGACAGAAUUGAAACAGAGUUUGCAACGCCUUCGGAGGCAUCGCCUGAGCUGCGCUCUCGCCGUUUGGAUGGUGGUGACUUCUUAACCUUCACUGCGCAAAGCCACCUGGUUGUGGUGGAUUCUCUGGAUGCACUGGGAUCGAAGCGUCCAUUCAGUGGCUUCAACGCGUGCCAUGGAGGCGGUUCAACAUGCUGGCGUGCUGUGUGGCUGCCUGUCGUGUCCAGGGAGAUGUGGACCGAACACCUUGCAGGCCAACCCCUGAACAAGUUCAUGUGCCAUGCCCGCAGCAUUGACACCGACAUUGUCCUUGCCAUCGAGCAGCAGGAAGAUGGCCAGGACCGACACUUUCAGCAGUUUGCGCAGUCCUUGGUGGCACUUUCCAGAGGGUCGUGGCGUACGAUGACCAUGGCCGAGUACGAGGCUAACG